AUGGACUCCCAGUAUCUCACUGCGUUGGAGGAAACGCUCCAGCAAACGCUUUCGCCUGCCACCGUAAAAUCGGCUGGUUCCAAAUUGGCCAAGGAUUUCUACCCUUCGCCUCAGGCUAUUCCUGCUCUUGUUCACAUCUUGCAGCACAACACUCAAGACCAAAUCAAGCAACUUGCCGCUGUCGAGGCUAGAAAGCUUAUUUUGAGCAAUUGGGCUACCUUGGCUGACAAUGACAAGGCUCAAAUUCGUCAAUCUUUGUUGCAAAUUACAUUCACUGAAUCAUCCAAAUUGGUCAGACAUUCCUCUGCCCGUGUUGUAGCUGCCAUUGGUGAGUUCGACUUGGAGAACGAUGCUUGGCCAGAGUUGUUGCCAUCGCUUGUUGUUGCCGCAAGAGAUGCUAACGCUCAAAACAAGGAGAUGGGUGUGUUCUGUUUGAGCUCUCUCUUGGAGACCGACUCUCCAGCCUUGAUCCCUCACCAAAAUGACUUCGUCACUUUGUUCUCAACCUUGUUGACCGAAAACGGUUCUUUGGACGUUCGUUUAAAUGCUGUGCAAUCCAUGGAUCUUCUUGCUCACUACAUCGAGGAGAGCGACCCAAUUGACGAGGUUUCUGCUGCCAAGUUCAAGGGUUCGAUCCCAUCGUUUGUGGCCGUCUUGGAGGACGCCAUUCAAAAUGAAGGUGCCUCUGUGGUGAAGCCAAUCUUCAACACCAUGAACAACUUGAUUUACAUGAAGAACUCAAUGGUCGGUGACCAGCUCACAUUCUUGAUCAAUGUCAUGAUCAAGCUUUCUUCAAACACCGAGUUGGAUGAGGACAUCAGAUGCAUGGCUUUGUCCUUCUUGAUCAAUGCUGUUUCUGCUCGUAAAUCGAAGAUUUCUAGCAACAACCUCGGACCUCAACUUACCGCUUUGGCUACCACCAUUGCCAGUGAAGAGGUUGAUGUCGAUGAAGAGUUGAACAACGAAGACGAAGAGAACAUUAACGAAGAGAACACCCCAUCUACCAUUGCUUUGAGAUUGCUUAGUGCUUUGGCUGGUGAGUUGCCUCCAUCCCAGGUCAUUGUGCCAUUCCUUGAGAACUUGGACUCUAUGGUCCGUUCUCCAAACCCAUUCGCUAGAAGAGCUGGUCUUUUGUGUAUCGGUGUCGCUGCCACUGGAGCCCCAGACCAUUUCUCUCACCAACUCAACAAGAUUUUCCCUGUAUUAAUCACAUGUUUGCAAGACCAAGAGAUCAUUGUUCAAGUUGCUGCUGUGAGAUGUGUCUCUUCUUUGGCCACCGAAUUGCAACACCACAUUGCCGAGCAACACGAGCAACUUUUGCCCCUCAUCAUGAACAUCAUCGAUUCAGCUGCACAUGUCAUGAGCUACAAGUACGCUUGUUACGCCUUGGAUGGCAUCAUCGAGUUUAUGUCCUUCGAGGCCAUCGCUAAGUACAUCGAGCCAUUGAUGCAAAAGUUGUUCACUAUGUUGGAGUCUGCAAACUCUUCUUCUUUGAAGACUGCUAUUGUGUCCGCUAUUGGCUCUACUGCCUUUGCUGGUGGAAAGUCUUUCACUCCUUUCUUUGAGCAGACCAUUCACGUUUUGGAGCCAUUUGUCACUAACGCUGCUGAGACUGAGGGUAUGAGCCAAGAUGACAUUGAAUUGAGAGCUUGUGCUUUUGAGAACAUUUCCACUUUGGCAAGAGCUGUUGGUUCUCAGACUUUCUCUUCUUAUGCGCCACCUUUAGUUGAGGCCGCUUACCACACUCUCUCUGCCGAAAAUGCUCGUGUUAGAGAGUCCGGUUACGCCUUCAUCUCCAACAUGGCCAAGGUUUACGGUAAGGAGUUUGCCGGCUUCUUGGAAAAACUCGUGCCUUUGUUCUUGAAGUGUUUGGAACAAGAUGAGUUCGAUUUCAAGGCUGAUGACGAAGAUGAGGAGGGUGAAGAAGAAGAGGGCCAGGACAUCCAGGAUCAAAUCAAAAUUAACACUGGUGUCACCAAUGAAAAGGAGAUUGCUUGUGUUGCUUUGGCUGAGUUGGCCUUGGGAACUGGUGCUGCCUUUGCUCCAUAUGUCGAGCCAUGCUUCAAGGCUUUGGCUGAACAAGUUGAGGUUUCUUUCACCAUCAGAGAGGCUGCUUUGAUCGCCGUCUGGAAGAUUGCUCGUGCCAUGUUCGAUGCUACUUAUGGCCCAGACUUUAAGGCUCCAAAGGGUGUUCCACAACAAUCUUACGUUGACCCUAACGUCAUGCAAUUAAUUGAACAAGCCAGAGAUCUUUCCUUGCUCAUCUUGGAAGAAGACUACGACUUCACCUUGGUCAACUGUGACUUGGAAUCCAUCUAUGAGGCCAUCAAUUCCAUGGGUCCUGCUGCUAUUGUCACUGACGCAUCGAACACCAAGGCUCUUGAGACUUUGUGCGUUCAAUUGAUGGCUAUCUUGAAGAACGAGCAUGCCUCUCAAGUUGAUGACGAGACCCCAUACGAGACCGAGGAGACUUCCGAGUCCGACGCUAUGUUGUUUGAGUCUGCUUUGGAGGUUUUGAUCUCUUUGGCCAUCCAAUUGGGCCCAGACUUCAACAGCAUCUUCCCACCUUUCAAGGACAUCUUGUACGAGUCCAUUACCUCUAAGACUAAGAACAAGAGAGUUGGAACUGUUGGUGGUUUGGCUGAGAUUUGUGCUGGUUUGAAAGAAAACAACCCAUACGCUCAGGAGUUUUUGGACUUGUUCUACGACAGAUUAGCCAACGACAAGUCUUUGGAGGUCAAGGGCAAUGCUGCUUAUGGUGUUGGUAUCGUCAUUGAAAACAGCACCGCCGACUACUCUGCUAAGUAUCAACCUAUCUUGGAGAUGUUGUUCCACUUGAUGAGCAAGAACGACGAACAAAGCAAGAUUGAUGACAUCGAGUCUAAGGAUGUCGUUGACAGAUGUAACGCCAAUGCUUGUGGUUGUGUAGCUAGAAUGGCCUUGAAGAACGAAGCUGCAAUUCCAGCUGUGCAUGUUGUCCCAGCUUUGCUCAACCACUUGCCAGUUGAGUCCGCACCUGAGGAAAACCUUCCUAUCUUGACUUGGAUCGUCCAAUUGUACGGAAGCGGCAAUGAGGUCAUCGUUCAACAAAGUGAGCGUGUCAUCCAAAUUUUGGCUGAAGUUUUCACCAAGGAGGCUGAGAGAAUGAAGUUGGUGGCCGAGAGCACAUUGGGUAGAGAGGACGUUGACAAGCUUAAGCAAUUCCCUAGUGAUUCCUUGAAGGAGCAAGUUGUUGGAUUGGUUAAGUUCUUGAGCGAAAAGUACCCCAGCGCUGUCUCUUCCCACGAGAUUUUGAAGUCCGUCAUUGCCUAA